UCCCUCUCUUCUCCUCCCCUUAAAUUUCCUAGCCUGCUCAAAACCUCUCCUAAUCUCUCUCGUACAGCCUGUGACACCUGUUUUAACAUAAUCCCAAUUAAUUAAGACAUUAAAAAUAUUACACAAGCAUCACACUUCCAUAAAAACAUUGCAACUCUUCCAAACUCUGUUUUUCUUGUCUCUCUGUCUCUGCCUCUCUCUCUCAUAUAUAUAUAGACACACAUAUAUAUCACUUCCCUUCACCACAGAGUGAUUGUCGGAACCAAAAAAUUAGCACCCCACACUUUUAUGAUUGAUCCUUCUUCUUCUUCUUCUAUUUAUAUUUGAGUUUCCCAUAUUUUCUUUCCGUGUCUUUGUCCUUCUAUAUUGUUCUUGAGCCUUUCUUCAAGUUUCUUUAACGUGUAAAGGUAUCCCAAAAGCAUUUAGAAAAGUUUUUGGGAUUAAAUAAUUAAUAUGGGAGCCUGUGCCACCAAGCCGAAGGUGUUGAAGGAGGGGGAGACUCCUGAGCCGGUCAAGGAGGAAGUUGUGGUGGCAACAGGUGGUGGUGAUGAGGUUGUAGACAAGGGUGUUGCUGUGGAGGAAGAGGAGAAGAAGGUUGUCAAUGUUGAGAUAGAUACUGGUGAUGUUGGUGCUGAUAAUAAGGUGGAGGCUGAGAUUGUUGAUGAUAGCAGUAAGAGACGAUCUCUAAGUAAUUUGUUCAAGGAGAAUGAAGCAGGGAAGGAGCCAACAGAAAGUGACAAAGCACCAGCAGAACCAGAGAAAUCAGAAACAUCAGAAAGUAGUGAAAAACCUACCGAGUCUGCAGUGGCUAAAGAAGAACCAUUAACAGUAAAGGAACAAUCUGUGGAAAAGCCCGAGGAGCCAGUAAAACAAGAAAAAGUAGUAACCGAAGCACCCGAGAAAUUAGAAACAUCAAAAAGCACUAAUAAACCUACUGAGCCAGCAGUGGCAAAGGAGGAACCAUUAGCAGUGAAGGAACAAUCUGUGGAAAAGCCUGAGGAGCCUAUUAAACAAGAAAAAGUAGUAACUAAAGAACCUGUUGUGGUGCCUGGACAAGAAACUGUGAAAUCUGAAAUUCCAGCUGAACCAGUGCCAGUUUCAGGAACUGUCAAUGCUCCUGUAAAGGCAGACACAGAGAAAGUAACAAGUGAAGUCACACCAGGAGCAGCAGCAGAAAAGACUAAAAUUACUGAAACAAUAGAGGAGAAAAAACCAGAAGAGACUAAGUGAGGUCUUGACAGUAAUGUCUAAAGUGUGUUUUUAGCUGUAGAUGACUUUGAGAUCGACACCACUCAGCAGUCAUCAGGCAUAAGGCUGUGACGAGGUGGUUACCAACUAGCCAGUACUUUUGCUGGUUCUUUCGUGAGCUUGUUUCUCUUGUUUUCUCACAUAUCAAUAUUUCUUUUUCUUUUGGGCUUGUUUGACAUCUCCAUAUCCUUGAGGACGGAUGGAUUUUUUUUUUAGAUUAUAUAUGAGCAUAGAUUGUUUUAUGCACAA